AAAAAAUUAUUACAUACACAUACUUCAUUGCGGUUGUUCAUUACUUUAUGCGGUAGAGAAAAAAUUUGGUAAAAAUAAGUGUUUAAUUUAUAGUGUUAAUGAAAAUAUUGCAAAUAACCGCGUGGUGUUUAGUAGUGAUUAUGGAAAAUAGUAAAUAGUUUGUUGUUUUGCGUGUUUAAAUAUAAAAAGGAUAAGUGCAGUCAGUACAUAUAGACUACACACAAUCACCCCAACCCUCUGUAGCAGCAACGGACUGCAACAACAAAGCUGCUGGGGCUAAAGAAAAUUUGGAAAAUUGUAUUUGAACGAGUUAGAAGCGCACCCAGUAGAAAUUCCAGCCAUCUCACUCUACCCUAGGUCGCGGAAAAUAAAACUUAUCGUGUUAUGUUUUGAUCGCUCUAAUCGCUUUGAAAAUAAUAUCAGUAAAAAAUGGUAAUUUUCAUACAGGAGCAAUUAACUUAAAGGUGUAUGCUAAAAUAAAUGCAGUUUAUUGUACUGGAAAUCAGCUUUUAGCUUAACUUUACUGCAUGUUAAAAAGCAAAUCGAAAUGUAUCAACACAUUCAAUUACGCAGAUUGUCAAAUUUGUCUUCUACAACCACUUCACAAAAAGUUGACGGAUUAGAUGCGCUCAAACGAAAAGAAGUUAGUGAUAUCUACGAUGAGGAUGAUGUGUUGGUUUUAAAGGAGUUGUCAAAUAAAAUGGAUGAACUUGAAGAAGUUAUAUUGGUUGAGGAUGAACCUGCUUUAAGAUUACCACAAUUAAGUAAUGAUAGUUGGAGCGAUUUCGUGGAGGAACUAUCAAAAAAAUAUGACCAAGAUGACCUUUUAUCUACGUCCGUACCUCAGAGCACUAAUGCAAAGAGAAAAUUCCAAAUUGCCGAUAAUACACAAUCGUUGCCGCGCCGAUGUAAUGUCGCCACCAACAAUAAUGGAGUAGUCAGUAUCAGUAGCGACGAAGAUGAGAAUUCUAGAACUGCUAGAACUGAAGAGCUCUCUUCGAGUAAGGAUUGCCCCACAACAAUAGAGGAACAUCCUACAACAAAUAGCUGCACACCUGGUGGAAAUAAUGCGGGUAUUGCACAUUUAGAAGAAAUAAAUAAAUUGGACAGUGGUCAGUUGAAUGAGGAUUGCGCAAAACCAGAAACGGAAAGAGUAAAUAAUGAAGCAACUCAACACGGUCCUGAGCCAAUUUCAAACAUAAACAGCAAAACCUCUAAUUCAAGUAAAAAUAAAGGACUGACAGGUAUCAGCAAAAAAUAUCAGGAUAUUAAACGGAGAACGUAUAAAUUGACUUUUCAUCAAAUUUUACAAAUCUUCGACAUUGAAAAGUCUGUGCCAUCAAGUAUAGGUGCAAUACCUGGUGAACCGAUCGAGUUGGAUUUUCCGGAUCUUGAUAUGAGGGAAUUUGUAAAAAUAGUCAAAAAUUACCAAACGACAGAGUCCGCAGACGAUGUAAGACAUUUAUGGGCGCAGAUUAAAAGUUGGUUAUGUGCCAUGAAACCUGCCUAUGGCACCACUACAAAUUACACAAAAUACCAGAAAAAACUUAAUUGGUAUAUAACUGAGUUAAUGGCGCAAUACGUAAAAUUCGAAAUCGAGAAUAGCAUACAAAAUGAAAACUAUUAUAAAUUGAAAAUGGAGACACUCAUGAAUACCGUAUCGUCUUUGUUGAAUGAUGAUGUUAAUUUGAAAAUUUUGACAUUAUUACGCACAGACUUUCCCAAUAAGCCGAGUAACUUUCUGGACGAACUCUUUAAGAAAUUCCUAACCAACCCGAAAGUGCGUUUAGAAAACAACAAUUAUGGCAUUUAUCGGCUGAAGGUUUUAGGUUUUCAAAAAUGGAUGCAUUAUACCAACAGAAAAAGGCAAGAUAUAGUAGAAAUUGCCAUUAAGGAGGGAUCUGCUUAUCUACCAAGAUUGCUGCCAAAAAACACUGAAGACCCAUUCUACAGAGUUGAUCGUCAUGUGCAUAUAAUUGAAGAUUACGAUAAGCAAGGCACAAGAAAAAUACUGGAGGAAAACGUUAGCAUUGAUGUGCUAAAAGCUACAAUCAAUAAAUAUCUUCAAGUAUACGAAAGUCAACUAUAUGACGAUUUUGGUUAUAGAUUAUUGCGACGUCAAGGUUUGGAGCACAGUCAAACGCUUGAUGCUCGUGAAGACGCUAUGCAAAUGCACAGGCACAGUCACAGCGCCAAGGCGAUUACAGUGAGGAGUGAUGAGCGUCAUUGUAAUCGACGACGUACGCACCACAAUAACAACAACAACAACAACAACAACAGCAACAGCAGUCGAGCAACGCAUUUACCAGCCGGAUGUGAUAUACAGAGAAAUAGGUUAAGUAAUAGUAGUAGUCCCUUUAGAACGAAUAGAUGUAGCUGUAAGUCCUUAGUUGCUAAGCACCAAAGUGAUACUAGUUUAAGUUGUAAAACAUCAAGUAGUAAUGAUAUCAUUUCGCUCGAUUCAACCGAUGAUGAAGUUGAUGUUGAUAAUGUUGAAAGUGCCAGAGAAAGCACCGAAAAGUCAAGUUUGAACACUGAAAAAAGAAACCAAAGCACACAACAGCGUAUAGUGCGAAGAGUAAGACCGCCGUUACAACCGCAAACUGUAGACAAUCGCCAAGUGAACACUAUAAUACAGAAAACAAGAGCAUGCCCAGCGCAUGUUUUAAGACAUAGGAAGUUACCACCCAAAAAAGUCGAUACAAUUGUAUUGGAUUCAUCGUCAUCCGAAGAUGAAGAGGGCAGUGCAGCGCCUGUGGACGCUGCUGAAGUGAAUAACGAAGUAGGUAAGCAUAAACUCGACAAUAUAGACGACACACACAUCGAAGAGCCCACCACACCUACGGCACAAUCACAACAACAAACACAGCAACAACAACAAACAGCACGCGCGCGGCUGCAAAGCGUAUCGAUGCCACUGCGCUGUGCGCUCAUCGGCAGCGUGGCCAUAAAGCCCAUACGUAAGGAGAAACACUGCAUUCCAGGUGAAGUCUCGAGCACGACAUCGCACGACAUCAUCGAAACGGAAAGACUCAACGAAGCGCCAACGGUCUCUUGUAGUGGCAAUUUGGUGGUGAAUAACGCGAGCGCGUAUGAGAAUGCGCGCGAAGUCGGCACUGUGGAGAUUUUGGAGCGUCGCGAGCUACGCCAGCCAGUUGUAAUGGCUGAGCGUUGCUUCCAGCCCGGUAAAUUAUUGCUCGGCAUCGACUAUAGCGACGAUGAGAACGAAGACGAUGUUGCUGAGAGAAGUCGUGAGCACAUUGCUGCUGGCAGUGAUGUAGGUGAUGACGAUGGCGUCUCAAAUGGUUGCUUCAUACCGAUGGUUGGUGGCUAUUCGAAAGUUGUUGAGGAGGCCACCUCAUCCACCGAGGUGUUUCAACGCUUACAAUCGCUGGAGAAUGUAGCUGCAGCGGAAGCUUUGAGCCACGUUGAACCGGCGCCUGUGGUGUUGGUCGGGCGCGUGGAUCGAACGGCGAAUGUGGCGGCAGUGAGUGACGAUGCGCCGACCUGUUCUAAAUAUGCCAACAGCAAUGCAACGAACGCAACAGUAAUGAAGGAAAAUAUACAAAAAGAGGGUGCGCUUGAGUUUAGGAGGGGAAAAAGUCUUAAGAUUACGAUCAAAGAUUUUGCCUCUGCAAACAAUAUUGGUAGAGGGAAAGAUACGCCUGAGGACCGCUUGAGAGAAGACAUGGAAAGUUCUGCGCCUGCAUUUGGUCUGCUUGCAGGGUUGAGGCAUGAAGAUGAACAGCAGCAAGUCAACGAUGAAAAUGAGGACGAGUCGAGUAGAAAAAUCGCACCACUUUCAAGGGAAGGACCUAAAACUGUAAGUAAAGAGACUCAAGAUACUCAUUCUGAGUAUUUGCCCACUGAAGACGACGAAAUGGCGGCGAUCGAUCAAAUGCUAGCUGAUAUAGAUGAGAAUCUACGCGAAUCACAUGAAUUUAAUAAAAAAUAUAUGAAGGCGAAGAAUACGACAGGUGUAGCGGUUAAGUUAACUGAGAACGUACAAAAUGAGCACGAUUUGAUAAAUACUGCAGUACAUAAUCUGGAUAAGAAUGUCAUCGCUAGUAAUUGCAAAAAAAUUGAGGGGGCUGCUCCAUCGAAAACGGUUUUAACGCACACAAAUGAUGAGGAUCUAUUCUUGGAUGUGUGUGAACCAGUUUCUGAACUCGCGAAAAGCUCGAAUGUCGGUUCAGAAGUGGAAGCAAAUGUAGCGGCAAUGGAAACAAACUCAGCCGAACUUGCGGAAGACAUUUCAUCCAAUGACUAUUCGAACUCAAGUUUAUGUGAGAAAUCUGUGGAGAAAUUGAAAAAACUUGAAGGAGAAACUCUGGAAAUAUCAAAUGAUGUCAAUUCGGAGGAGACCGAAGAAGUUAUAACAAUGGUUUGUGCUGAAAGUGAAGGUUUGAAUAGGAAUAACCAUACAUUUGAAGAAAACAGUUCUGAUCUUGAUGUUGCGUGCUCCAACAAAACUUCAAAAUCAACUCAAGAAAACUAUGAAGAAGAAGCUAUGGAUGGCAAUGUACAGAAUAAUGAAGAAAUCGAAUCAAAUCAGGAAAGUGAUAUAUUGAACGAUAUGUGUCCAAGAGAUGUUAAAACAUUAACUCACCUUUCUGAUAAUACACAAACAAAAGCAUGUGAAGGAAGCCCGGAAAAUGAGAAGCGCCAACUACAAGACGAAGAUAACACCGAAACUGCCGAUCUCGAAAAGAAUGCACUCGUCAUUACUCACUUGCAAGAGAAAUCCAUGGAAACCGAUAUUGGAGACGAAUUUCCAGAUUCUGACAUAAAUAAGUCUGACUUGAGUGAAAUUAAUGCAGAAGUUGAAGUUGAAGAGACUGAUAUAACGCCUGAGCUAAUAGCAGAAGAGCGCACAAAAGACGUGGAAGUUUUGGUGAAACCAGUUGAUGAUGUGAAUAACAGUACUGAAUUGACAUUAUCGGAAAGAAAGAUAUCAAGUCAAAUAGAUGUGGAUCAAACGAAGUUUACUGAAUUGGUUUCGAGCGAAAAGCAAUCGAAUAUUGUAACCCCUGAAAUGGAUACAGAACUGGAAUUAUCAUUUCAAAGAGUUGAAAAUAUAGAUAAUUUAACGAAAGGCAUUUUCAACGAUGAGAAUGUAAUCACAAAUAAAAAUGCAGAAGCCGAAAAAUGUGACCUGGAUACAGAAAUUGUGCUCGAGUCCCGAACAGUAGUUGAUGACACAGAGGAUGUUGAAAAAAAUGACUCUGACAAAACUAGAGAGGAGUCUCCAAAAACAAUAUCAAAACACUCAGAAAAAUCUAACGAACAUGCAUUUGUUGAUGAUAAUGCCAGUUUAUCCACAGAGGUAACAGAAUCUUAUAGUGAACCAUGUACACCCUCUGAAUUUGUGGAAGCGAAUGAAAUGGUCUCAGUUGACGACAUCGAAACUAGUGGAAUGUACAAGCUAGAUGCCAACGACAUAGUGGAGGAAACAGUAGUUGCAAUGAAAGAUACCAUUGAAUCUGAAAAUGAGACUGAAGCAACAUUGAUACUUGAAAAUAAGACUACUCAAAUUGUCGAAGAAAUUUUCAACACCGCUAAAGAAAAGCGAACAGUUGAGCCAGAGGUACUAGAACUAGAUUUGAAAGGUAGAGAUAUUGAACACCAUGACUCAACCUCUGAGGAAUCAGUAAAUAAAGAAGAAUCAACAAAACAAAGUCAGGAGUUAGUUAAAAAGUUGGACAGCCGCAUCGAGGAAGUAGCUGAAAUGGUUGAGUCAUUGCCACUAGCUGAGACAACUUCGUUACUGCAAAGUACUACAAUAAUCCAAGUAAAUGAAAGAAAAGCUGAUGAGAUUCAGUCUACUGACAUUGAGACACCAAUGUUAGUUGUCAAAUCUAAAGAUAUGGAAUGCCAUGAAGUAAGUGAUGCAGUAACUAUUAGUAAUGAAGAGAGAGAUGCAAUUCAAUUGGCAAACGGAAACUCUUAUAGCUCGGUUGAAGUGGAGGCCGAGACUGAGCCAUUAGAAACUGUAGGUAAAAUAAAAAAUACGCAUGAAGACAAGGUUUUAACCGCCAGCAAAAUCGAAGAGGUAACCGUCGUUACAGAGGAAAUUGUGAAAGAUGAUGCCACUAAUGAUGCGAUUAAUGAAACAUCGUUGUUGCAAAAUGUCACUAAAUUUCAAGUAAAUGAAAGAUCCAGUGAUUCUGAAGACAUUACAAAUAAAUCUCCGUUACAACUUGAACUUGACGUUGAACGUGCUGAAGUAGGUGACUCAGCUCCUAACAAUAAUAGUCAGCCUCAAAAGGUCUUGGUAACGGAUCUCCAAAUUUCAAAUCAGGAUUUACCUGAAAGCGUUUGCAUUACGAUGAAAGAGGGGUUCGAAUCUGCAGAUGUGAAGACAUUACCUAUAUCACAUGAAAUAAUUGUCUCAGCCCCAAAGGAAAUUGAAGAAGUGAUGGAUGAGGAAGUAAUUGAGGAGCUCCUUGAAACUGAGGAACAUAUUAAAACAAAUUGGGUUGCGAACCAAGAGUUAGUAAACGACUCUGAAAUUUCCACUGAAGUAACUUCUGAGAUUAACGAACUUCAAAAAACAACGGAAACAACUGCAGACACAGAAGUUGUAACUGACGACUCAAUAGAAGAAACACCUGGUAAUCGCGACGAUUCGCUUGGCGAGCAGUUUACUGAAUUAAACGAUUCUCAAACCAAGGAAUGCAAUGAUGGAAAUGCUUCUAAUAAAGGGAAGAAUUAUACUGAACAUACUAUACACGCCCUGACGGAGACUCACGAAUCGCUGAGAUGUAAAAUUCCUUUAGAAAAUGAUUUUUUGUCCACUGAAGACGAAGCAACAGACGAAACAGCAUCAGAGGUCGAAGUUAGGCCAUAUACAUAUAAUGAAACUAACGAUUCAGGUGUCAUCGAUAGUGAAGUUGUAGAAUCUUUGGCAGGUGAAGAAAUAACGAAGUCUAUUGCUUUGAAUGUUGUCGAAGCAGAGACUUGCUCACUGGAAAUUACGAGAAAAGAGCGUAAGCAAUCUAUCGAAAGUCAAAUUGAAGAAGUUAGUGAGAUAGAAAAUUCGCAAACAGAUUCGACCAUAGAAUCACAAGAUCAGGAGCAACUAGGUGACAUGAACUCCAAAGAAACCAGUGUUGACUCUACAAAUAAGUUGACAACCGAAAGCAGGGUGGUAGCACUGUCAAACUCAACUAGCGUUAUAACACCGGAUCUUGAUGCUCUUGGAAAUGUGUUGCCAACUGAAAGCUUCCAUGAAGAUUCUGACCAAAAUGCUAACAUUUCAAAAGAAAAAUGUAAAGUAGUCAUUGAGUCGUCUGAGCUUGAAGUUAAAGAAAUUGCAAAAGAAAAACCUUCUAAUAAUGACGUCUCUGAAAGCUGUGGAUUUUCAACAGCAGAUAAGCAAGUGGAAGAGACGUCUUCAGUUGAAGAUUUACAAGUGGAUGAAGAAAAUAUUGAUAAAAGCACGGUAAGGGCAAAUGACGUGGCUUCUGUGGCUGACGCUGAAGAUUUAGUGGAGGAAGUUGAUACUCUUAAAGAUGGUGCGGAAGAACCAGCACAAUAUGAAUCUGAUACAAGUAAGAUUCCUGACGUUUCCACGAAGACCCGAAACGCUGAAGAGGAACAAGUUGAAAUAGAAUUAACAACAGAAUCUUUACAUGAAAACGACGAAAACAUUAGCACUUUAAAAGAUCUUAAAAGUGACGAUGUAUCAGAAAGUGAGCAUGAAACAGCCGAUACAAACUCUUUAAAUAACAACAAUACUAGUUCCGUUGCAAUAGAUACCCUGUCAGAAGAUGUCACAGCACGGAAAAGUGAUGUUGAAAUUGUAAAGACAUGUUCGAAGCAAAAGCUUAAGCUGAAGUCGAAACCUCACAAGUUAAUCAAAACAGAUCUUCUAGAGAAAAGCACAACAAGCAGUUCUAAAAAGAUCUCGAAACUUAAGGCUGUGCGCAACUCGAAAAAAAGACUGCUAACAGAAGAUGCGUCUGGCAAAUUACGUUUUAAGCGUCGUGUUAGUCCCUGCAACGAUUCCAACAAAGAUUUAGACAAGGUUGAAGAAUUUAAAAAAGCAGAGGAGUUAGCCGAUAAUAUCGCUAAAUUGGUUAUUAAAGAGAACGUUGAAGCAGAGACAACAGAACAAUGCGACAGCAUUAAGCAAGAUAUAGAAAGUCGAAGCGUAGAAGAUAAUGCAGGAAUUACGAAAAAUCAAACAUUGGACGAUAUCAAUGCUGAAGCUGAGCCGGAAAUGUUAAAAGCAGAACCAGAACUUUCCGAAGACUGCGCCACAUUCCAGCGUUUACCGGCUGAAUAUAAUUCGGAGGAGAUAUUGGCCGUGGCAACGCUGAUUAAUAUGCGUAACAAGUACACGAGUUCCACAUACAUGGAUGAGGAUAAUGUUGUUGUCGAAAUUCCACAAGAAAUAAAUCGAGAUGAGGGCGCAGAAAAGAAUGAAGCAAUUGUAGAACCAGGUUCGAAAAAGAUUAGCACUAAACAGGGUUUAGUGAAAAAGAAAGUACGCUUCGAUGAAGACAACCUUUUAGAGUUGAUGAAUGAGAAAUAUAAAGCUUUGAAGAAAGUGAAAAAAUCUGCCAAGAAGAUUGAAAAGUCGCGUAAAGCUGAAGGCGCUCUACUCAGUGGUGCUGGUGGUGGUAAGAAAUAUGUGAAGCGCAGACUGCUUGAAAUGACUACGAAAAUAAGUACAAACGAAGCUGAUUAUAUAAUUGAUCACAAUGAUGAAGAACUGUCUGAUUUGAAGAAGAAACGUGGCCGAAAGAACAGCGCACACGAAGAAGAACAGCUAACACAUAAAAUGGAUGAACUGAAUGAUACGUUAAAGAUCGAAUCCGCUGGAAAUGAAAACCCUAUUUACCCGGUGUUACUUACAUCGCGUCGUGAUACCGAGACCACGACAGAUGCGAAGCUUUCGAAGUCCACUAAAAAUAGAGCGCGAAGCUUGAAGUGCGAUGCGCCGACAAUAAGUGGCAUAGAGGAUGUCGGAUCGGAUUUUAUUGUGCCCGAUGAUGAGGUUGAACCAUUAUCUACGGAGACCUACGAAAAACCCCCAGUGCCCAAAGAGAACAUUUUUAAGGUUAGUCGUGUAUGUGUUGAUGGCACUAAAAUAAAAUUUAAAAUAACACCAACGGAGGUAAUAAAUAAAGAAAAACCGGUAAUUGUCGAAAAACUGCAGAAGCCAGAGGUGUCCGUAAUAAAUAAGGCAGAACAAAGAGCAAUUAAAGAGAACAUAUCUGAACAGGCUGCGUUGAUGAAGACUAGAAAAGUCACAGUUAAACUUAAACGUGUGAAAAUGCCAUUGUACGCCACUGCGAUCUCAAAAAGAGGUAUCUUUGGUAGUAGAGUACAGUAUACAACGCCUACAGACAGCGAGGAACCCGAUCUUAUUGUACCAGAAUCACCAACGAAAUUUAAUAAGCGCGAAGAAUCACCUACAAAAUAUAAGAAACGCAAAGAACACGCCUUUAUCUUAUCGGAAUCACGUACUAAACGCGAAGAAAUCGACUCAAUCUUAUCGGAAUCGCCUACUAAAUCUAAGAAACGCGAAGAACUCGUUACAAUUUUAACAGAAUCGCCAACUAAAUUUGAGAAACGCAAAGAACACGAGCCGUUCAUAAUAGAAUCACCAACUAAGUAUAAAAAAUCUAAAUUAGAAUCAGGCAUUGGUUCGAGUGAGUCAAAUGCAACAAAUUCAGACGCGCUUCCUAUUGCGACGGGUAAUGUCUCGUGCAAAAGUUUGGGAAAGACGUCUCAUAGGAAGCACCGCGCGAAAUCACCGAACAAAAACAAAACAUCAGUUAAAAGAGAUAUUUCUUCCGAACUCUCCGAAUUGUCAACUAUACAAGACACGGAUAAUAUAGGUACCCUCUCAAAUGGGGAAUCCAUAAAUAUUAAGGACGCCUUAAUCGAUAAACUUUCUCCUACCAAGGAUUUGUCUUUAGAAUCUACGUCUUUGGAAAAUACAGGAGUUGCUGAAAAUGCUGAUCUUUUGAAAAACCAAGAUUCUAGUGCUAAAAUCACUAUGAAGUCAGCGCAUAAGAAGCGACCUGCGAAAACUUCAAUAGAAGAAAUGUCUCCUACCAAGGAUCUGUCUUUAGAAUCUACGUCUUUUGAAAAUACAGGAGUUUCAGAAAAUGCUGAUUCUUCCCAAAAACAAGAUUCUAAUGCUAAAAUAACUGUGAAACAUAAGAAACGACUUGCGAAAUCUCCAAGUAAAACAAAAUCCCUCGUCUUGCCUACUACUGGCGAAGAUGUUUCUACUUCUAAAGAAGCACAUAAUAAGAAAACAACAAAUCUACGAAAUGAUUCGAUGGAAAAAAGAACUUGCAUGAAUGAAAUAUCCACCAUAAUGGAUGUUACAAACGUACAAACUCAGGAUCUGUCUCCUAGCAAAGAUUCUCCACUUGCAGAAUCAUCUUUCAAUAUAGAAUCGAUCGUGUCACCCGAGCGAUUAGAAAAUAAGGGUGUUGAGAAAACAAAAGACUCCAGCGCCAAUAUAACUAAAAAGGCGUCACGUAAGAACCGGGUGGUAAAAUCAUCCUUUAAAAUAAAAUUACCUAUUUCGUCUUUUACUACGAGAAAAAUUUCUAAUAAUGACGCAUUACUAAAUGCGGAAACAACUAUAAAAGACUCAAAUAUUACCAUAACUAAAACAGAUACUUCUAUUGAAGAAACAUCUAUACCUAUGGAAUCAACAAACAGAAAAGAAUCCGCCUUACAAGAAACAUCAUCUAACAAGAAGCUGAGAACUGCUGAGAAGUUAGAAACAUUGGAUGUUAUCACAAAUCGUGAAAAUGUGGAAUACAAAGUCUCCAACUUGUCUGCAGAUUUGGUGCGAAACACGCCAGAAAAAACUACAAGCUUACAAGAUCAUAUGCUGUCAGACGCUGAAAUAAAAACCGAACCAUUUGAGGAUAUCCAGAUUAAAGAAGAAGAAGAUUCAUGUGAGCCUCCGCUAGAUAUGGCGCAAUCAUAUUUAAAUGUUGACAAUAUACGACAUGCGAAAGAAUUCAUUCUAAAGCCAUGCGACGUGAUAUUGACCGAAGCGAAGAUAAACGAGCAGGCAGAUGCACAUCGUGGAUUCAGAAAACAAAGGAAUAAGAAAUCCGUGCGAGUUGUAGAGACAAGUAGCAAUAGAUAUAAAACAAGAAGGAAUAAUGCUUCAACAAGAGACAUUUUAAAAUCUGCAGACAGCGAAAAUCUGGAAACAACGGAGAAUAUUAUACCAACACUGAAUGAAGACGCUCCAAUUAAAGAAUUAGAAGUGGAAAGUAAUCAACAAGAAACGUCAAAAGUUCAAAAGGAACUGCAAGCUAUAACUAUAAGGGAAGAUAUGGAGAAGAGUAAAGAACCGCAAGCGGAAACUAGAAAGGACGAUAAGGAGAGAAAUAAAGACGUUACAAAUGCUGAAACUGCAAUACCGGUUGAAAAGGAGAUUCAGCUGAAUGCGACGACAUCAAGAACUGACGUCGAAACUGAAGAUCAUGCUAGCAGUAUAACGGAUAAUGUUAUUGCUGAACUAAAAUUACUCUCACCCGAAAGUUUGCAAAACACUGAAGAUGAUAAAGAGCAAAUUAAUUUGAUUUCAUGUUCGGAAAAUGCUGCGGUUGCUAAUGUGGUUGAUACUGAAAAGGAACAAGAUUCUCAGUCAACGACAAACGCUGAGUCCAUUUGCAAAGUGGAGAAUACCGAUGAGGAACAGAAAACGGCGCAACUUCUAGAUUCCUCAAUUGAUAUAGUUUUAGGUAAUGCCACCUUUACGAAAAAACCGUUAACUCCCAAGAAAAACGGCCUGAGCUCAACACCCGAAGCAGUUGUCAGCAAUUUGGUGCAAAAUGCGACUGAUACCGUUGCGGAGGUGAAUAAAUCCGACGAUAUUAGCGAAACUAUAUCGACGAAAAAUCGAUUAGAUGACUUAACGGCUGAGAAAGUCAACAGCGUUUUAGAAAAAAUGUUGGAGAAUAAGAAUAAUUUACUGAAAGACAAUAAAAACCAAGCGAUUACGGACUUAAAUGUGCGCCCAAUCAUAAGAAGGCAAACGAAUACCGAAGAGGAGGGCCUGCGAAAAUCUUCCAAUAGAAGUUCAUUGAAUAGCGUCAAACAGAUUUCCGCCAAAGUACCGGAUGCGCUCUUUGCCGAUGACGAAAGUGAAAGUAGCAAUGCUGACGAUAGCACAAGCGAUGAGCAAUUCUUCGCGCCGAUUCUAAGUCUUGACGAUUUGCUGAGCAAAAAAGAUGAACCGACUGCGGACAUAACUACACACACCUAUACACCAACACAGGAGCAAGUUGACCAGGAUACAGAUGCCGGACAAUCUCACGACGGUUUGGGUACACCCAAUUUCACCGUAGAGCUAGAAGUGGAGACUACACAAGCCAGCGAUGAGAAUUCACAAAGCGCUAAUGGUAAUCGCAAAGUAGAAUCACAAAGCGAAGAAAGUGGUAAAUGCGUUGCGAGCGAAGAGCUGAAUGCGCAUUUAGAGGAGACGGAUGCAAAUUUCUCGCUAUCGGCAAUCGCUGACAUCAGCACAAUAGACAUACCCAGCGAUCUCAACAUAAACAAUGAGUAUCCAGAUCUGUUAGAUGCCAUGCUCUUCGAGCAAGUACGUCAAUCCAUCGAUUGCAUGAUAUCUGGUACGAAUUCGGCGAAAAAAUGGUCACAAGACAGUUUUGCAACGACGCAGGCGGCAGUCAAUUUUAAUCAAGCAGAAACUGCGGUCAGAACCGAUGCGCCGCCUAGUGUGCCUAACACACAGGAGAAUGACGUCAUUGCAACCAAUGAUAAGACAGUGACAGCAAAUGAAGAUGGAAUUGGUAUUGGUCAAGAAACCUUUCUCGGCACUAUCAGCUCACUGGAUGUGGUGGAAGUACCCACCACGGGUUUCGAUUUAGUUGGUAGCUUUACCAUAGCAGACUUUCUAUCGGAUGCCGGCAGCGACUUGUUUGCUUUUCCCGAACUGGACAAAACACAAAGUCGAAGUAAUUCGUUUUCGGCAGAGUCGAAUUUGUGUGAGACACCGCCACCGCCUGCAAUCGAUACCGAUAUCGAAGCCGAUAAGGAGAUAAGCAAUGACAAGAAAGACGAAGAACCAAUACAAACGCCCACCAAUCACAAUACGAAUUCUGUGGCUUGCGAUCACAGCUAUAACAAGGAUAUCAACGAAGUGGAAAAACAGAGAACGAAAGUACGCAAAAAGUCAACCUCAUCGCACACAUCCACGCCAACUGCUGCACAGUCAUCCACGAAGAGUGCUACUCCAUCGCCCUUAAAUAAUUCGGAUAUGUUGCACGUAUUCUCAAGAGCUAAAUGUGCGCCCAAACCAUUUUGGAAAGCCAAAAGGUCCGAGGAAAUAAAAACUUCAACACCGAAAAAAGAAGAAACCACACCAAAUACGCAAAAUACACCGUUUCAAACACCAGCCGUCACAGCGAAACGUGCAAUAACACCGUCACCAAUUACUAUCAAAAAUCCUGAGGAGAAACAAACGGUAUUCAGUAUGCCGGCGCUCGAAUUGGUUAUUGAACAAAAUGGACUAGAGCAAGAAAUUACAGCAACGUCCUCUAACAACGCGCUAUCAGCAACAAUUGCCAACACUAAGACUGAGACCCUAACGAAUCUGAACGAAAACAUAUCAAAACCCGUGGAUGACGUCAGUCUGCCUUCGAACCCAGUUAUAGAAACGGUAAAAGCCGAUGGUUUAGAACAAGUAUUGCCACAAAUGCUACCCACUAGCGCAGAAUGUGAAGCGGUAACACCAUUUACAAGACCACCGAAACGCGCUUCAACACCCAUUGAAAUAACCGAAGUGAUUACAAAACCCGCACCGCUUAUUGUACAGCCGAUCAUACGCAUACAAAGUCAAUCAAACCGCUUAGAACGCAUAGAUCCCUCGUCGAGUAGUUCACAGCAAGCUUUCCCUCUUCUCACACCCGAAAGUCAGCCCAAUUUAACUGAUGUGUCGAACGUCAGUCAAAUUGAAGUGAACGAUAUAUGUCGACCAGAACGUGAUUCCACGCCCACACUCGAUGAACAUAGCAAAGAUGACUACGAAUUAAGCACGCCGAAUAAAUCACUCACAAUUAAGGAGUUAACGCACACAGGUAAAGCGCGGCAAUCAACGACACAGCUUGAACAACCGCCGGCCAAACGUUUGUGCGUCGAAAAUGUCAAUAAAACAAUAACAACGAAUGACAUCUUUGAUAUGUUGAAGAGCGAAGAAAAGUCGCCGAAGGAAAAUCAGUUAGCGCAAAGCUCUACAAGUACAACUAAAACCAAGGAUUUGACUAAUACAAAAAUCGUAGAUUCGAAAUCGAAACAAAUAGAAAUAGAAUUACCGGUAAUGAAAGCUGUUGACGCAAAUUUAAACACAAAUACAGUAGCUGCCGUAAGCGACACAUCCAACAAUACUGACCUCAUACCCUCCAAAGUGGAAAGUAAAUCUACUCUAUCCUACAUACAAAACUCACAAAUUGAAGGGGAAAAGAAAAAUGCAGAAGGCUCUGCAAGCAAUCAACAAAUCGUUAAGAACCCAACUAAGCAAAAGUACGAAAAAAUAACUCCCAGUCAGGAACCCAUGCUAAUCAGUAAAGAGAAUUUAAUAGCGUUGAGGAAAAGAGAACAAGCGGCAAAAAAUAUGUCAACGUUAAUGAUAACUGAACACUUGGAACACUUGCAACCACUUUCCCCGGUAGGCACACCUGAAAAGUGUUCCAUCAAAAUUGCAGAUACCAAAUCGCUAAGCGAAAAGUUGAAAAGUUCUCCAGCGCGACGCGUAGAAGAGAGCAAAGAAGAAAAUAUUGCUCCCAUAACAUUAAAAAUAACAAAAGAUUCACUUUCUCAACCAUCAGCAAAUCAAUCGGAUGAACGCCAGCAGACGCGUAAACCAGUGCAGUCCAAAAAUUCGCGAUUCACCACUAAAUUGAAUCCAAACGAAAGUAGUGUAACGCCUGUCACGCCAAGUACAUAUGAGCAUACUUCCAGCGCACGCAGUAGCAUAGCACCAAGUAGAAAGCAAAAAGGCAGUAAUGCAAGCCCUGUCAUAUUCAAUGCGUCGCCAUGUGCGAAAAGUAUUAUAGAUACGAAUCCCAACAAAACUCCCGACAAUCUUCCAAUAGCCGAGGUAAUAAACAGAAGUGAAACAAGAAAUACGUCUCCUUGUCAAACAGCCACCAUACCACCACGCACUAGAGUACCAACAAAACCUAUAUUAGCCGUAAAACCAACAUUACAUCCUCAAAACGCUAACCGUAAUCAUCCAUAUCAGAGAACGCAAACACCGCCGAAUACUUUAAAUACUCACAACACAAGUAAAUUGACGCCACAAAGACCACAGAGUCGAGACAGUCUGCCAGCAACGCACGAAAAUGUCUCAAACAAAAAGAGAAAACCUCCAAAAUCCGUAGAUAAAACUACGCCACAACGUUACGCGUCCACAAUAACCACUCUACCGCCUUCAAUGCAAUCACGACCCACACCAAGUCAUCAGUCCACGUUUGAUGCGCCACUAACGAUUGCCGACUUAUCCUCGAUUAAGUUAACAGACGAAGAUGAGGCAGAAAUAGCGCGUAAAUUGGAAGCUUACCGCUCUACGUUACCACAACCAAAAUCGUAUGGUGCACAUAAAGAGAACAAACGCUUAGUCGGUCUGCAGGAAGAAAAAUUGCGUUUGGAGUAUGCUGAAAAUCGUCGAAAGGCACAACAAUUGCGUGACACACAACGCCACAAACGCAAAUCCCAACCGGAGACAUAUGAGGCGCACUACAAGAAAUUCGCCAUGCAUUCAGGCAGAUCAGAAGCCACGAAUAGUAGCAACAGUAAUAAUAGUAGCAAAAGUAGUGGUAGUGCUAGUGUUGGUGCCGGUCACCACCAGAGUAGUAGUAAACAACAUCAUUUACAUCGUGAGUACGUAAAUAAAUUUGGUGAAAUCGAGAAAUUAGUCAAAGAAGAAAAUGUUACAACAGAUAAGAAGCCUAAACGUUCCGUACCACUAACGGCAUCAACGGCUUGGGAGCCAAAAAUGCCAACUGGCGAUGAAUUAAUUGAACUCUUGUGUAGAACAAAGAAAUCGUAGGGCAAAUAGAGUUGGUUUUCAAAUGUGUAAGUUGUUGCAGGUAAAUGCAGUGAGUAUAUUCCCAUUUAGACGCGGUCUUAACAUUUCUUCGAUGCGUUAACAAACAAAAAAGAGUAAAACAAAUUUAUCAUAAAGCACGCAAUGUACAAAAUGAUUACAUUCAAUUAAUCAGGACUCAGCUUAAAACAUAUUUUUUACAUAAAAAGACAACAUUUUAUUACUAUAUAACAAAUAUUCUAUAACUUAUCCUCACAACGUUCUUUGGCUUAUGGUAGCUUAUACAUAGCUGUUUAUAGGUUUUAAACGUAAAUAUUCUCAUUUACAGGCAUUCGGUAAAGAAUUUAGUUGAAAUGACAAACAUCUAACGUGUGUCUAUCUAGUAAUUAUCUAUUUUUCUUUUUAGCUAAACUAAACUAACUGAAAGGCAGCUAUGAAUCCUUAAUCUAACCCUUAUAACAGCAUAGUCGAAUAGUAUACUUUCUAAUUUACAGUUAA